AUGAAGUUCUUUGCUCAGUUUCUGUUACUAUUAAUCGCGUUGUUUGUCGUCAAGGCAGAUCCUCUAUCGCCCUCGUUCCUCAAAUGCAUCGAUGAAAUUAGUGACCCGGAUCUGUGUCUAGUUUUUAAAGAUCAGUUCCCUGAAGAUGUUCCUGCAGUUCCAGUCGACGAAUAUACGUUUGAGGCGAAAUCUGGAUAG